AGACGAAGCGCGAGGCAGAAGUCGAAGGAGCCCUCGCUCUAUUUCCCCUGCUUCCCGUGCCUUUACCUAUCUUCUUCCUCCACCCAUCUCCACCGCUUCAUUGCCGUCCUCUGCAUUCCUCCCAUUCCUCCCAUUCCUCCCUUUUCCAUGUCUUGACGUCGUGUGCCUAUAUGUGUGUGACAGUCUACGCUCGCCCUCCUCGUCCCUUUCCGCCCAACUUUCAUUUUCACUUUUCAGCCUUCAAUUCAUAUACCUACACUGCACACAUCCAACGCAGCGCCCCCAAUUGGAUCGCCUGACAAGAAACACAGCCUUUCCAGAAACACAUCUUCUCCAAAGGAGUAUACAGCGACUGCAAUAGAACCAAAGAGCCGAUGACUAUAUCCAGGGACAUGUCCGAAAACCGCCACACCUACGACUCCUCAGCAACGACGCUGGCCCAGUCCAUGAACAUGACCUCCUCGGUCUUCCUUCACCAGAUCGGUGGCAGGAACAGAGCCUUCGCAGACAGCCCAUACCACCAGCAUCACCACAACGCCAGUAUCUCUGACCCGAAGCAGCGCCUUGUUGCUGCCCUCGAUUGUUCGCCACCGUUGUCUUCGAAGCAUGCUCGGCCGGUAGAAACCACGACUGACGAGGACAUCAUACCCGAGGGCCAUAAUGACCGCCAACCCAAGCGCACAAAGCUCAAUUCAGGCACAGAUUCAAUCGAUAACAACACCCAUCUAAUCAACGCUGGCUUUAAACCCCAACAGGAGCACUCAGUUCCUUCCAGGGGCCCUGCUCGUAUUGUCGGCAUUCAUGCAGUAGCCCCGGGUCUGCCAACGCCACCAAUUUCGCGUGGCACUGAAUCUAAAAUUCAGCCCACAGCACAGCGACAGCAGCAUAACCUCGUCAAUUCACCUCGAACUCUCACCAUCACCCAGACAAACGCAGAAAAACAGGGAGGAGGUCGAGAAGGAGCCGACAUGGGGAUCGCGCGCCACCUUUGCUUUGGUAUGAUCCAGUCUCUAAUCGUCACCCUUUAUCCCAGGCAACUUGAGUAUGAAGAAGGCAAGUCAGAUCCCGUCACUAUCAAGCGCACCACCACUGCGAGCAAGGCCAGUUUGGCAGUGGAGCACGAAUUGGGUCUUUAUGGCUAUGUUGUUUCGGAAUUGACGGACACACUGGUUCCCCUUGUGGAUGCCAAAAUGAUAUGGUGGGAGGCCCAUGUCCCCCGCCAGCGGAGACAUAAUAACGUCAGUGUGCCUGUCAACAUCAUCUUAUACGGACCUCAGGAGCACCAAAUGAAAGUGGCUGAAGCACUUCAUGGAAAGGUCAGACUUGAGGAUCCUAUUGAAUUUGAUCACCGGACACGGUACUCGAAUCCACUUCUGCCAGCGCCCGGAGAACGGUUGUCGCCGUAUGAUAUUUGGCGAGGGGUUACCACACCACCGGCAUCCUAUGCGAAUGGGCCAUCAUCCAAACUGCACGGUUAUGCUGGAUACGGUGGAGGAUCAGGUGUACGGUCUGCCGAGGAAAUCAAGAACCAGAUCGACGGCGUGUUCAAGGGUCUUCGGAGCGCUACGGAUCUUCCACUUGUAAAUCCUGCCCCGUGCAUGUCCACGCCGUUAUAUAGGCAUCAAAAGCAGGCGCUCUACUUCUUGCUGGAGCGUGAAAAACAAGAGGACUACAUCGACAAUGAAAAGAACAAGCUGACGUCUCUCUGGCGGGUACGGCAUCCUCCUCACGGACAUCCAGUUUAUCUGAAUGUAGUGACUAAUCAGGAAUCGAGUUCGAAACCGACGAGCAUGCGAGGAGGCAUAUUGGCAGACGAUAUGGGUCUCGGCAAAACAAUCACCGUCAUGUCGUUGAUCGCUGCCACGCUUGACAGGGGGAUGUAUGGGCGUCUCGGAUCCAACGCAGCUGAACCAUACACCACAGGAAUGGCCCAUACACCCUCAACCAGCGCCUCUGUAUUACCGUCAGGCUCAGCACCACCUCAAACUCGACCCGGUAUCCCGCGGAUAAAAUCCCAUGCCACGCUGAUCAUUUGUCCGCUAUCGACGGUCCAGAAUUGGGAAGAGCAGUUUGACAACCAUGUCCACAGGGACGCCUUGAACGUUUACGUCUAUCAUGGGGGGCAGCGCGUAGCUGAUCCAUCCUUUCUAGCCAAGCAUGAUGUGGUCAUCACGACAUAUAACCUCUUGGGAACUGAGUACUCAAAGGAAACGAAGGCACGCGACUCUCAGACUGGACUAUCCAAAUACCCAAGCGUCCUGCAGCAUGUGGAUUGGUUUAGAGUCGUUUUGGACGAAGCACAUAUCAUUAAGGAGGCUAACACUGUGCAAAGCAAGGCUGCGUCUGCGCUCACCGCUGAACGACGAUGGUGCUUGACAGGAACUCCGGUUCAAAACAAGCUCGAUGACUUGUAUGCAUUGGUCAAAUUUCUUCGCAUGCACCCGUUUGAUGAGAAAGUGCAGUGGACCCAUUAUAUCUCAAAGCCCAUCAAGGCCGCUAACCCUAUUGGCAUCACCAGAUUGCAGACGCUUAUGAAGGUGAUUACUCUUCGUCGCACAAAGUCCCAGAUGGUUGACGGCCAACCACUCUUGGCCCUUCCCGCAAGAACUGAUCACAAGCGUGUCCUUGAGCUCAGCUUGAACGAGCGUCAACUGUACCAUCGCAUGGAGUCCCGUGCCAAGCAGACUGUGGACCAGAUCGUGCAGGAAAACAAAAUUAUGAAAAGCUAUGCUCAUAUCCUCCAGGCUAUCCUGAAGCUUCGUCAGAUCUGCGCUCACUACGCCCUCAUCAAGAACUUGGGUGAUGACUUGGAUGCGUCUGACGAAUUCAGCCUCGCCAAGGCGACCGAAACUCUGACGCUCUUACAAGACUCUGGCAAUGAUCAGUGCAACCACUGUUUCAACUCGUCAACACUGACGCCGAUUGUUACCCGAUGCGAGCACAUCUUUUGUCCAGACUGCAUCAAGAAGCUAAAUCCUUUGACGUUCAUGCUAAUCCAAAAAUCGAAUGCGGACGUCAGUGUUGCACCUGGGCUUCAGAUCGAUUUUGCUUGUCCACAGUGCUCCUCGAUUCUUCGUCCAGUUGAUUUGAUCCAAAUCCAAGAGGAACCUGAGGACCGGCAAACAGCGAUCGGAUCUGGUGGCGACCAUGUCCACACCCGCAGGGACGAGAAUGGCGCCUUGAUCCAUAGUACUAAGGUCAAAGCUCUUAUGGAGGACCUGGUUCAAGCAACUGAGGUGUCGAAAAAGACAGGCGAGGCCCAUACAAAGAGUGUGAUCUUCUCACAGUGGACGAGCAUGCUCGAUCUGAUCGAGGAUGGCCUUCGAGAAAACAAGAUCAAAUUUACUCGUCUGGACGGAACCAUGCAACGAAGCGAUCGCACCACGGCCCUGACGGAUUUCAAAGACAAGCCGGAUGUGAGCGUCAUCCUCAUUAGUCUGAAGGCCGGUGGAGUUGGGUUGAACCUGACGUCUGCACAGCGUGUCUAUCUGAUGGAUCCUCACUGGAACCCGGCAGUGGAGAGCCAAGCCAUUGACCGAAUCCAUCGACUUGGACAGACAAAACCAGUGGACGUUAUUCGGUUUAUUAUCAAGGACUCUAUCGAGGAGAACAUACUGGAGCUCCAGAAACGAAAGGCAGAGCUGUCGGACAUGACGUUCUCAGAGAAGCUGUCGAAGCAGGAAGUCCUCAAGAGACGUCUUGAAGAUCUGCGGUGUCUCUUCCGUGGAUCGUCGGAGCUCAUGAAGAAAGCGACUAUUUGAAAGGGCCACUAACCUCUGUAAAAGUGCACCUCCUAAUCGCAUGAGCUGUGUAGGUCAGGCAAAAAAAAAAAAUAAUAAAGAGAAAAAAAAAUGCAACGUC